AUGGGUGUUCAGGCUUCACCUUCAACAAUCGCUGCAAUUGGUGCGUCACUUCCAAUGAUUUCAAAUGCAAUAUGUCAAGCGUUAAAUAUAAAAGAUUUUAAUAUCUUACAAAAUAAUGGUAGUUUUGCUGGUCAAGUGGUUUUUCAUGUACAUUUCCAUAUUAUACCAAGAUUUAAAGAUGAAGAUAAUAUCAACAAUAGAAACAGAAGAUUACAUGGCGGAAGAUUAAAAUUUAGUCAAGAAGAAAGGGAAAAAAUCGGUGAUUUAAUAAAAUCAAAAUUGUAA